GUGCGCGAGCAGCCCGCAUCACCGCGCGCCCUCUCUCCCCUCUUCGGCGCGAGCUAACCAACCGUCGCUGUCCUCGCGAGAGAGAAGGAGAGAAGGAGGGAGGAGAGAACAGCUUCAGCCGUCGUUUUCUUUACGUUUUGUUUUCUUCUUUCUUUGUUUUUCUUCUCGUUCUGUGCGCGUGCGAUGAGUGGAGGCGGCGAGGCACUCGCUGUUCUGUGAGCGGUCGGUCGGUCGGUGGAUGUGGAAAAACAGAAGAUGAUGAGUCUCUCCGGCUUCCUCCUGCCUGCUUUAUGGGGACUGGCGCUCGGCGGAUCACCCAGCGUCCAGAUCGGCGGCCUCUUCCCCCGGGGGGCGGACCAGGAGUACAGCGCCUUUCGGGUCGGGAUGGUUCAGUUCGGCACGGCCGAGUUCCGCCUCACGCCGCACAUCGACAACCUGGAGGUGGCCAACAGCUUCGCCAUCACCAACUGCUUCUGUUCCCAGUUCUCGAGGGGCGUGUAUGCCAUCUUUGGCUUCUACGAUAAGAAAUCUGUGAACACCAUCACGUCGUUCUGCGAGACGCUGCAUGUUUCCUUCAUCACGCCCAGUUUUCCUGCUGAUGGCCUCAACCAGUUUGUGCUGCAGAUGAGGCCAGAUAUCAAAGGCCCCCUCAUCAGCCUUGUGGAGUACUACAAGUGGGAGAAGUUUGCCUACCUGUACGACAGUGACAGAGGCUUAUCCACUCUGCAGGCCGUCUUGGACACAGCGGCUGAGAGGAAGUGGCAGGUGACAGCAAUAAACGUGGGCAACCUGAAGGAUGAGAGGAAAGACGAGGCCUAUCGUUCGCUCUUCCAGGAUCUGGAGAACAAGAAGGAGAGGAGAGUCAUCCUGGACUGCGAACAGGACAAAGUCAAAGACAUCAUGGAGCAGGUCAUCACAAUUGGUCGACAUGUGAAAGGGUAUCAUUACAUCAUCGCUAAUUUUGGCUUUUUGGAUGGAGACCUCUCAAAGAUCCAGUAUGGAGGAGCGAAUGUGUCUGGAUUUCAGAUUGUGGAUUUCGAUGACCCUCUUGUUUCUAAGUUUGACCAGCGAUGGGAAGCUCUGGAGGAGAAAGAGUACCCUGGGGCAGACAACAAGAUACGAUACACCUCGGCUCUGACGUAUGAUGCGGUUCAGGUGAUGACAGAAGCAUUCCGUUUCCUGCAUAAACAAAGAAUCGACAUCAGUCGGCGCGGCAACAAUGGCGACUGUUUGGCCAAUCCGGCUGUGCCUUGGGCUCAGGGAGUGGAGAUAGAACGCGCCCUGAAACAGGUGCGAGUGGAUGGACUGACAGGAAACAUUCAGUUUGAUCAGUACGGAAAGAGAGUGAAUUACUCAGUCAACAUCAUGGAGCUGAAAAACAGUGGCCCUGUGAAGAUUGGCUACUGGAAUGAGGUGGAUAAAAUGGUAGUCACCAAAUCAGACCUUUUCCCCAAUGACACCAUGGGUAUGGAGAACAAGACAGUUAUUGUGACAACCAUCUUGGAAGCACCUUACGUGAUGUUGAAGAAGAACUCUGAGUUAUUUACUGAUAACGAUCGUUAUGAGGGAUACUGCGUGGACUUGGCUGCUGAGAUUGCAAAGCAUUGUGGGUUUAAGUACCAGCUGAAGAUUGUUGGAGAUGGGAAGUAUGGUGCAAGAGACGCUGAGACCAAGAUUUGGAAUGGCAUGGUUGGCGAGCUGGUGUAUGGGAAAGCAGACAUAGCUGUAGCCCCCCUGACUAUCACACUAGUCCGUGAAGAGGUGAUCGACUUCUCCAAGCCUUUCAUGAGCCUGGGUAUUUCCAUCAUGAUUAAGAAGCCGCAGAAGUCCAAGCCAGGCGUCUUCUCUUUCCUGGACCCACUGGCCUAUGAGAUCUGGAUGUGCAUUGUCUUUGCCUACAUCGGCGUCAGCGUCGUGCUGUUUCUCGUUAGCCGCUUUAGCCCGUACGAGUGGCACACGGAAGAGUUUGAGGAUGGCCAGCUGGGGGCCAGCGAGUCCACUAACGAAUUUGGCAUCUUUAAUAGUCUCUGGUUUUCUUUGGGCGCUUUUAUGCAGCAGGGAUGCGAUAUUUCGCCAAGGUCUUUAUCUGGGCGUAUAGUUGGUGGUGUGUGGUGGUUCUUCACCCUCAUCAUCAUUUCGUCCUACACGGCUAACCUGGCUGCCUUUCUCACUGUGGAGAGGAUGGUGUCACCCAUUGAGAGUGCUGAGGAUCUUGCCAAGCAGACCGAGAUCGCCUAUGGAACCCUUGACGCAGGCUCAACCAAAGAGUUCUUCAGGAGGUCAAAGAUCGCUCUGUUCGACAAAAUGUGGCAGUACAUGAAGAGUGCCGAACCGUCUGUCUUUGUGAAGAGCACGGUGGAAGGCGUCUUGCGCGUGCGCAAGUCCAAAGGCAAAUACGCCUACCUGCUGGAGUCCACCAUGAACGAGUACAUAGAGCAGCGCAAGCCCUGCGACACCAUGAAGGUCGGCGGCAACCUGGACUCCAAGGGCUACGGCAUCGCUACACCCAAAGGAUCUGCUUUAAGAAACGCGGUAAACCUUGCAGUGCUAAAACUGAACGAGCAGGGGCUUCUGGAUAAAUUGAAAAACAAAUGGUGGUACGACAAAGGAGAGUGCGGCAGCGGAGGCGGGGAGUCAAAGGAGAAGACGAGUGCACUGAGCUUGAGCAAUGUGGCGGGGGUCUUCUACAUCCUGGUGGGCGGCCUGGGGCUGGCCAUGCUGGUCGCUCUGGUGGAGUUCUGCUACAAGUCGCGAGCCGAAGCCAAGCGCAUGAAGGUUGCCAAGACUCAGGCUCUAAAUCCCCCCUCUUCCUCGCAGAAUUCUCAGAAUUUUGCCACUUAUAAGGAAGGGUACAACGUGUAUGGGCUGGAGAGUGUUAAGAUCUAGUGGGAUGACGUUCACGGACGCCAUGCGCAGUAAGGCCAGGUUGUCUAUAACUGGCAGUACCGGGGAAAACGGUAGAGUGCUGACUCCAGACUUCUCUAAAGCCGUCCAUGCUGUGCCCUACAUGAGACCAGGCAUGGCAAUGCCUCUCAACAUGAGCGAGCUGUCCUGAGUGCCUUACACACACACACACACACACAGUUGUACACAUUUUCUUACAUAUAAACACAUGUUCUUGCAGACCCAGACUCAUACAUACAUACAUAAUAACCCAGCUAACUCACACUGAGUGACUGUACUUGUAUAGGCCCUAUUAUCAAAGACACAGACUCAUGAUUUCCAUAGAUGUCCAAACGAUCAAAAACAAGUAAAAAACACAUCUACGGUAAUGCUGAUGUCUGCUAGUGCCCUUAUUAGAUUAAGUACAUUAACUGCGAUUCACAUGAACAUUUUCUAGCUGUUCCAGAUUAAACAGGGACAUAUGAAGCUUGUAAAAGACAUUGUUUUAUUUGAAGCUUUAUUUGAAACAGAGAUUAACAUAUAUUUUACUUUGUAUGUAGCAGGCUUAAAGUGGUUUAAAGUGACUCUCAGUAAAGUUUAAAGUGGUUUAAAGUGACUCAGUAAAGAGCUGCUGCUGCAGUUUCCAUUUCGAACAACUGACUGAAACGCAGUUGUACAGCUCAUAUUCGCAUUCAGUGGCACAUCUAGGAUCAUAUUAAAUCAGAAAUCUAAACAUGAUCGAUUGAUUCCACUGUCACUUCCUAAUUAUGUCGGUGGUUAAUCUGAUACUUUAGGCCUUCAGUUCAGCUCCUGAAGUCCCAACCAAUGAGAGAGCUCACUUGGCUGUAUCUACCUAAUAGGAUCAUUUUUUGCUUGGGGUUUCAUGAAUAUAACCCAAUUAUUUCAAACCAAAAGAAUAUUGCUACAAUAUUUGCAGAGUUUAAAUACAACCAGCAUGAAAAAAACUAAAAAUUACAGACACACGUGUUUUUAUUUCACAGAAAUCAUUAGGCUUUCUUUGAAGGCUUAGAAGGCCCUACAAAUCCACAUCUACGAAUACACACAUAUCCACACUUACAAAUAAGCAAAAACGCAACGAUAUCCUAUCUAUACAAUAUACACAAGCACUCACACACACUCGCAAGACACUUGUACAUACACACAGAAAAAUGUACAGACACCUUAUGUACAUGUGGACAUUUUAACAUGAACUUUUACAUCGGUUUACACAUGCACGCUGUUGUACCACACAAACGAUCAGCACUACACGCUCGCAUACACCUCCGAUCUUCAGUUUUCACUGACAUUUUUUCCACACCCAAGCCGAGGACUCGUAAUCGUGCACUGAGGAGCAGCUCAACAUCUGUUUCCAUAGCAACAUGUUUUUGGAAUCUCUGAUUCCGAAGACCACAAAGCACACUUGAAUCAUCUGCAUCAAAUGUGAUGUUCUUUCAUUUUACUCGAACAGCGUGAAAAAUCAAAACAAAAAAUCUUUUUUGAAGUACUUUUUAUUUUCAA